UUUAUUGAUUAUUUUAACUAUAAUAAUUAAGAUGAAUAUUCCUAGCUACAGGAGCCAAGAAAGACAACUCAGGCGUGUCAUGGCCAAACCGAGGUUAUUUAACUACCCUGGAGCGAAGAGAUAUGAUAACCGCUGCAGAGGGUUCCUGUCGUGCCUGUUCAGCAUUCAGGGACUCAUCCAGAUGCUUAAGGUCUUAUUCCUGCCCCUGUUCUAUUGUCAGUGAGGCUAUUUAGUAAUUUAUAAGUUAAUUACAAAUGAAAAUUUGGAUAAUAAUUACUUCUUUGAUAUUGCUUGUGUGGUAAUGAUGGCACUAUCUUCAGCAAGUUUUGUCCAAGCGCUUCUCACAGAUCCUGGAUACCUUGAUCCGAAGAGGGAUCUUGAGCACCAGAGGUCAAACCUGGGGACACCCAAGAACAUCUCUAUCGAGCUUUCUGGAAACUGUGAAUGGAAGUCCAAAUCUAAUAGUAAAAGGAGCAAAGUCGAGAUCGAGCUUUUAUCUAAUGAAGAAAUGAAGGAUGUCACUGGUUUUAAUGUUACUGACAGAAAUCUUGAAACUAUGAUCAAGUACUCAUGUGAUGAGAGGAACAUGCCUGAAGGACAGGAAGAAGAAAAAUUAGAAUCAUCUAGCCCCAAUGCUUCUGACCACCAAAGUAAUUCGGUUGAAAAGUCUUUUAGUGGGAAAACAGGGAAUUCAUUGGGUAAUUUAGGCUCUCCUUUUGAUGAAUCUGUGCAUCCAAAAUUAUCGAAAAUAGAUUACUGAGUAAAAUGCUCUUGAAACAGGUCUCCAAGAACGCAUCAUUGAUCCAUCUGCAAGAUUUGAGUUAUAAGGAUGGAUCAUCAUUGCUCAUGGAUUUCAAAUUGUGUUGGAGUGUAUAAUCAUAAAUUCUAUCUUCUUUUCCUUAUUUAUACAUGCUUAUUGGGUAUAUCAGUGACAUUUAAAAUUGCUCUGGAUUGUAGAAGAGAUAUAUUGGCUCUAUUUAGCAUCAAUGAAGGCUUUAUCAAUAUUAUGAGACUUCUAGCUCUUGUUGUUUCGAUCCUGAUCAGUUUAAUCACAGGAAAUCUCUGCAUCUACCAAAUUCAGAUGGCCCUUUUAAAUAGAACAACGCUGGAGGACAUGACUGGGAAUUAUGAUAAAUUAUCCACCCUCAAGCUUACAAAUAUGAAGUUUAUUAUGGGAGAGACCCUGCUCACCUGGUGGAUCCCUAUCAAUCCCAGGUUUGCCAAGCAACUUAAUUUUUAAUGAAAAGGACCAUUCGAUGUUUCA